CUGUGCGCAGUGAUCCUCCUCUCCAGACAUGAGCAGCCCUGACGGUGGAUACGCCAGUGACGACCAGAUCCAGGGAAAGUGCUCAGUGCCAAUGAUGAUGCCCGGGCUGGGUCAGUGCCAGUGGACGGACACCAUGAGCGCCAUGGGGGAAGCCAAAAUCAAAUGCGAACCGGGAUCUGCCAGCAGGGGCAAAGCCGAGGCUCGGAUCCGCCGUCCUAUGAACGCCUUUAUGGUGUGGGCUAAAGAUGAGCGCAAGAGACUGGCCCAACAGAACCCGGACCUCCACAAUGCAGAACUCAGCAAAAUGCUAGGGAAGUCAUGGAAGUCUUUGACCCUGGCUGAGAAGCGUCCAUUUGUGGAAGAAGCGGAGAGACUGAGGGUACAGCACAUGCAGGACCAUCCCAAUUACAAGUACAGACCAAGGAGGAGGAAGCAGGUGAAGAGGAUGAAGAGGGCAGAUAAUGGCUUCAUGCAUAUGUCCGAGCAGGCUGACCCAGUAGUCCUGAGCACUGAUGGGCGGAUGUGUGUGGACAACUUUAAUUUGGGCUACCCGGAGCCACCCUACCACCACCACCACACUCAGCAUCCUCAGAGCAGCCACUAUAGGGAGCCUCAGGUAAUAGGUGCCCAUUAUGACAGCUACAACCUACCCACCCCUGAGACUUCUCCUCUGGACAUGCCAGAAAAUGACUCUGUGUUCUUCACCUCUCCUGUCCAGGAAGAAUGCCAGAUAAUGCCAUACAGCUACAAUGCUGCAUACCCUUCCCACCAGCAAAGUCCUGCAAACAGCAUGCUUGCCAGACAGAUGGCACAGGCCGAGCAAAUGGGGCAAGGCAGCCCUGUGCAGAGCAUGAUGGGAUGCCAGAGCCCACCACAAAUGUAUUAUAGCCAAAUGUACAUUCCCAGUGCUGGAAGGCAUCAUGCAGUGGCACAAAGUGGGCAGCCGUCCCCUCCUCCAGAGUCCCAGCAGCUGGGCAGAGCAGAGCAGGUGCAGCAGCCUGAAAUGAUGACUGAGGUGGACAGGACUGAGUUUGAGCAGUAUCUGAGUUAUGUGCCAAAGCCAGAUGUCGGAAUGCAUUACCAUGGACAGGAGCAGCCUGUGCUCACUUCAGAGAAUGGCCUGAUAUCCUCUGUCCUGUCUGAUGCCAGCACCACUGUCUACUACUGCAACUAUCCCAGUGUAUGAGAUAGACUCAACUGUCAUCUGCUGCAACAGUGUGUUGUCACAUUUAUUUCCAGCUGGGGAAUCAUACACCCUUCAAGUCGUUUCAGACUUUGGACUGUAUAGGAAGAACUAUAAAUAAUGUACGUAGUGAUUAAUUUAUGUAAAUUAUUACAUAUGAACUGCUAUGUCUUUCCAGAACAACUCAUUGAGAUCAAAUUCCAUUUGAUCAUCAGUCUUCAUUGAAUACAAUGGAACCUAUGUUCAUUAUUGUGUACAUGUA